CCCAAUAAUUCCUCAUAUACAAAAAACUCUACUUCAAGUAACAUACAUAAGUUCUCUAAAAGAAAAAUUAUUCAAACAUUAUCAUUGUUUGAGCCAACAACUUGUUCCGUUAAAUAUAAUUUGCAGAGUCCCAUUAAAUAUGUCUUCUGAAGAAGGUACUCUGGACAAAACUGAAGAACCACCUAUGCCUUCAUCAUCUGUACUUGCGGGUGCUUUUGAUAAUCAUCUGCAGACAGUGGCACCAAAUAUGUCUUCUGGUCACAGUAUUCAGGAAAUAAUCGAGGAGCCACAUAUGUCCGCAAGAUUUGUUGAUUCUUCCACGUCUUGGAUGGUUGAAGAAAAGCCCAAGUUACCACCACCGACAGCCCGUCAACUGCGCAGAAGUCAAAGGAUCAUAAACAGGUUAAAACUUCGUAAGGAGCAACAAACCACUUUAAGUGCGGCGUUAGUUAAAAAGAAAACAAGAAAGGUGAAGAAACCUAAAAGAAUUGCACCCGGAGACAGUCUACCUUGGAUUAAAUUCUACCAAUGUGCCGAGUUAAAUGGCAAACUAUAUAAAGUAAGAAAAAUCUCAUGUGAAAUGCUACUGGGCGCUGCUGCCAAGCGGCAGCAGAAUAAGACAAAGAUCAAAAACAUGAAAAAAACUGGACCAAAAAAACUUAAGCAAUCAAAAAAAAAUUGUACUUAAUGUUAAAAGUUGUUUUCAAAAUUGUUAGUUUAAGCAAUACAAAUAUUCGUUCAAGAAGAAAAAAAAUGUUAAUCCGUCUUGCUAGGUUUUUUGAAAUAUGCUUGAACACCUUUUUUUUAAUGGUUGCUAUAAUAUGCUAAAAAAUCGAAAAUGAAUUUUAAAUAUGUUUAAAAAAAAAAAUUGACUAUUACGA